AUGGACGCGUCUUAUUUGGAGGCAUGGCAGAAGCUCAGGUCUGCACCCCCCCCCGUAGAUGGUUGUUUCGGAGUGGUAGGAGGAGAGAAAGAAAAAGCAGGUGCGUCCGCCGGCGUCCAACAGCCACAAUAUGAUGCUCAUCAGGAGAAAGAACAUGAUACCGCGGAAGUGGAGCACACUCGACAAGUUAGAAGUCCUGGCAUAUUAGGUCCUGGCAUAAUAGGUCCUGAUGCCAGUAAGGAUGAACAUGCUGCCGCGCAAUCAUCUGCCCAAGCCCAGGUUCAACACGGACAACCAAAAUAUACUGUCGCGCCGGCGCCAUCGCCGUCGCCGGCCCAGGCCCAACCCCAGCAAGCAGAACAGCCUGCCGCGCAGUCGCCUGCCCCGGCCCCGGCCCAACAAGCAAAACAGCCUGCCGCCUCGCCUCCCAAGGACCAACAUCAAGAACAUGGUGCUGAGGAUACAGAACAUCAUUCCGCGGAAUCGUCUCACCACGACGAGCACCAAGAACAUGAUGAGGAAGAGGAGGAGGAUCAUCACUCGGCCGCACGAGGAUCUCAAUCCCCGAAAUCCUGGCAUCAUGACAAGCAUCCCCACCCACGCCAUGAUGAUGAAGUCGAAGAUGAGGGCGAGGGUUGGGGUCAGGGCGACGAAGACCCCCACGGGGGCGAUUCGCACUGGAAAGGGGGGUCAGAGCACGAGCAUGGCGACAGACACUACGACGAGGACCACGACCGCCACCAUAGCGGAGGACACGGCGGACACAACCACGGUCACGAGAGCGAACACAACCACGGAUACGAGGGCGGGGACGAUGGUGGAUAUGAAGGGGAAUAUGAUGGCGAGUAUGACGACGGAUACGAUGGCGAAUAUGAUGACGGAUAUAAUGGCGGAUAUAAUGAUGGGCAUGAUGGCGGAUAUGAUGGCGAACACGACGGCGGGCACCACCGCGAACACCACGACGGACUGGUGGGUUGA